AUGAGAUUUUUAAAAGUUAUUGGUAUUGCAUCUGUACCAAUUAUUGGUGGAUCCGUAUACUUUAAACACAAAAUAAACUCAGAGUUUCCUAUAAUUCCUGCAGCCCAAUUACCCAGGAACUCACAAAUUUAUCGGAGACUGCUUGCCGCUCAACAACAAGUUGACAAUAAGGAAACCACCUAUUAUCCGAAAAUUGAAGGUUUUAAGAAAACAAUACAAAUUAAUAAUCCUAAGGCCAAUGUUAAUGUUGUCUCCAGCGAAUUUUUUUCUAGUACCGUUUUAGGUAGAAUUUUACAAAAUAAGUUGAUUUCUAACGAAGACUUCCGCUUUUCUAAACGGUUACGUCGGUUUAGUGAAAACGUUGAACUAGUCAACCAAGAGGAAGACACUGUAAAUAAUUAUAAUUCUACUCUCUUAAAAUGGAAGAAUCUACGCCCCACCUGGUUUAGCAGCAAUACAACAAGACGGAAUAAUGCUAAAGGCGGGUAUAGUGAGGUUUUCAUUGAACAGUCUGGUAAUUGCGUAUUUGACAUUUAUUUCAUAAAUGCGUAUGAAUUUAGUGUUUUAACAAAUGAAACGGAUAUUUCUGAGUGGGAUUUAUCUCGAUUUAGGAAUUUUUCUAGACUCAUGUUGUAUAGAGGAACCAAAUUUAUAGAUUGA